UCAUGCUGCUGCCAGUCCAGAGUGUGUCAUGGGUCCCUGUACGGCCUCCCAUUGCUGCUGUCUCCAUCGCCACACUCUGCCAUGUGCCACUUUCAGGUCUCCUCACACUGCUGGUGGGUUCCAUUUUGUCAUAGGGUGCUGGCAGAUUACGGGCCUCCCAUUGCUGCUGCCAGGCCCGUAAUCUGCCAUGGGCCCCUGUACCGCCUCCUCAUGCUGCUGGCCAGGUCCAGAGUGUGUCAUGGGUCCCUGUACGGCCUCCCAUUGCUGCUGUCUCCAUCGCCACACUCUGCCAUGUGCCACUUUCAGGUCUCCUCACACUGCUGGUGGGUUCCAUUUUGU